UUCUAGACCUGGAAGGCCUCCUAAGAGGACUCAAAGUGUCACCUCCCCAGAGAAUUCUCAUAUUAUGCCACAUUCUGUCCCAGGCCUAAUGUCUCCUGGAAUCAUCCCGCCAACAGGUCUGACAGCAGCAGCUGCAGCAGCAGCAGCUGCCACCAAUGCUGCCAUAGCAGAAGCAAUGAAAGUGAAAAAAAUUAAAUUGGAAGCUAUGUCCAACUAUCAUGCAAACAAUAACCAGCAUGGAGCAGACUCUGAAAAUGGAGAUCUGAAUUCAAGUGUCGGCAGCAGUGAUGGUUCUUGGGAUAAAGAAAAACUUCAGUCUCCCCCCACCCAAGGAUCACAGGCCUCUGUUAACCACCCCAACUUGCCUGGACAGCAUAAUGUUCCAGUUAGCCAUCCUCUCAACCCUCUUCAACAGAACCACCUUCUGCCAAAUGGAUUGGAACUUCCUUUUAUGAUGAUGCCCCACCCAUUAAUUCCUGUGAGCCUACCUCCAGCAUCUGUCACGAUGGCAAUGAGCCAGAUGAAUCACCUUAGUACCAUCGCCAACAUGGCAGCCGCAGCACAAGUGCAGAGUCCUCCAUCCAGAGUUGAGACAUCUGUUAUUAAGGAACGUGUUCCAGACAGCCCUUCUCCUGCUCCUUCUCUUGAAGAGGGCCGAAGACCUGGCAGCCAUCCAUCGUCUCAUCGAAGUAGCAGUGUGUCCAGCUCUCCUGCACGAACUGAGAGCUCUUCAGACAGAAUCCCUGUCCAUCAGAACGGGCUAUCUAUGAACCAAAUGCUGAUGGGUUUGUCACCUAAUGUCCUACCUGGACCUAAGGAGGGUGAUCUGGCUGGUCAUGAUGUGGGACAUGAGGCAAAAAGAAUACACAUUGAGAAAGAUGAGACCCCGCUCUCCACACCAACCGCAAGAGACAGCCUUGACAAACUUUCUCUAACUGGGCAUGGGCAACCACUACCUCCAGGUUUUCCAUCUCCUUUUCUAUUCCCUGAUGGAUUGUCCUCCAUAGAGACCCUUCUGACUAACAUCCAGGGUCUACUAAAGGUUGCUAUAGACAAUGCCAGAGCUCAAGAGAAACAGGUCCAACUGGAAAAGACAGAGCUGAAGAUGGAGCUCUUCAGGGAACGGGAACUGAGGGAAACACUUGAAAAGCAGUUGGCUGUGGAGCAGAAGAACAGAGCAAUAAUUCAGAAAAGGCUAAAGAAGGAAAAGAAGGCAAAGAGGAAAUUGCAGGAAGCACUUGAAUUUGAGACUAAACGACGGGAGCAAGCAGAACAAACACUGAAACAGGCAGCUUCAACAGAUAGUCUCAGGGUCCUAAAUGACUCUCUGACCCCAGAGAUAGAAGCUGACCGCAGCGGGGGCAGAACAGAUGCUGAAAGGACAAUACAAG